GCAAAAGGAACAGAACACGCUCCUCGGAGAGUUCAUUCGGCGACUUCUGAAACAACAUCUCCGAUGAGGUCUUUAAGUGGUCAAAACGGGAUGAGAGAGAGCAACGGUUUUCCACAAGUUCUUGAAGUUGCUCCGUUGAACAGUUUGCCUUACGUUGGUCCAUUAAAUGGUAAUUCAUCAAUGUCUGGUAUCAAGGCCAACGAGACUGCAGAGAAAACAGGACCUCCAUCAAUGAUAUUUCUACCUUCUGAAUCAACUCCAGAGUUUCAAAGCCUCAUCUCUCAAUCAAAAACCGGAAUUGCCCUCACUGGAAGUGCAGCCAUGGGGAAGAUUGGACCAACGAUUGGUUUGGUGGAUAUUGCUGAAUCUGAUGACUCCUAUUAUUUUCGUGUUUCACUCCCUGGUGUUUCAAGAGAUGAAAAGGAGUUCAGCUGCGAAAUAGAACCGGACGGUAAGAUUCUGAUAAAAGGAGCAACAACGACGGGAGAGAAGACAGUGUGCAAACACAAUCAGGUGUUCAAGAUGCUAUCACAGAACCUAUGCCCUCCAGGCCACUUCACCAUCUCUUUCCAGCUUCCGGGUCCUGUGAGCAACGAAGAUUUCAGCGGUAAUUUUGGGGCAGAUGGUGUUCUUGAGGGAGUAGUGAAGAAGCUCUACUACGAAGACUGAAACAUCCAAGUAUUGCUAUUAGGAAGAUGGUUGAUUAGUUUUUGUUUCUUCGUAAAAAAAAGUUCAAAACAUUCAACGGGUAUGCCUGACCUAUUCUACUUUCCAAUGUGUGUUGAAACCUUAUCUAGAGACAUUUAAGCUAUCGAAACAAUAUUUGUUUGUACAAACAACUCUUUAGGUAUUCUGUGCCUUUGAACUUUGAUGACUUUUCG